AUGGCAAACGCACUUCCCCGUCCCUCAAUGCAGUUUCCGAACGGGAGCACCGACAAUGUUGUGAUGACGGAGGCAGAAGGUUCCCCGUGGCUGGCGGUAGUGGUCCUUGCUCGUCUUGCGGCGACUUUCAAAAUGUUCACAGCUUUCCAAUCUGCUUUAAGGGAUGUCUUCCUGGUGACUGUACAAAAGGAGGAGGAAUUGACCUGCGCCACUGCUGCAAUUGCACUGGCCUGCCUCGUGCAAAAGUACGCCCAUGCGCCGCGCUUUGCUACUCACCGCCAGUGUCUGGCGUCCUUCGGUGCGGAGGCGACAAUGGAGUCUGCUAACUCCCCACAGAGGCCCUCUCCAGUGGAACUGGCGAGCGCGGGCUUCUUUCACACCGGCCGUGCGGACGAGACAGUGUGUGGUGCCUGCUUCCUCGGGUUGCGCGACUGGCAACCUUGCGACGUCGAUGCUGAGGCGGUGCACGCGCGAUUCGCUGCAGGUGAUGGUGGCAGCUGUCUCUUCCUUACGACUCGCCGCCUCCUCACCUCAGUGUUGCCACUUGCUCGCAAACACCUCACCACAUCUCCUCCUCGCUCCGACACUGUCGUUGCUGCCACUAUGAUCGAGCGGUUGACGGUAAUCGCACGUGAAAUGGCCGUUGGUGGGAGCGGGGGCGACAACAGUGGUACCGACUGUUGGCCAGUCCAGAAUGCUCGCGUUCUUGGGUACUCCGAUGACUUGAUUCUGCUGGCGUUGUGGAGACUGCAAACGGAGGGCAACGCAGUUGAUCACACCUGGGCAAUUGAUCCACAAGGCACGUACUUUCGAUGGGCCGCAAUUGAUCUGAAUGGAAGUCGUGCUCCCUCCGCCACACGACUGGGUAAUUUUGGCGUUUCAAAGGGCACAACGGAUCUACUGAAAGCCAUUUUGCGAGUUCAGGAGAGCGGCUUAGGCGAUGACGAAGUGGGAGAAGACGUCGAGCAGACAGAGGCAGAUGAGGCGGAAGGAGCGGCCCCCCUGACACAAAACAACGGGGAGGCCACUCUUGCGACGGAAGAUGCCGAAGUGAGCAGGGGGAGCACCACGGUAGUCCCGCAGCAUCCCUCUCUGCCGUGUCUCUCACAGUUGGUACAGUGGUGGGCCAAGACCUGGCUCCCCUCUAGGCCGCCCACCGCCUGCGGCAGUCCUCGAGCUGCAUUGCGUAGGAAGGCUAACUCCACCUCCGCCUAG